CUUUUUCCAAUAAAACAUACCGUUACCGGAUACAAAUACUAAACAAUAACCGAUACAAAUUAUCACAUACCACAUUUGCAUUCUUACAUAAUCAUGUGAUAUCGUUUUAAUUAAAAUGGUAAUUUAAAUUACGCGCCUUUGAAGCCAGCCAUUGUCGAUUGCGCUGCCACUUUGGCAAUACGUCAGUCAAAUGAAUCAAGUUAUAGCGAUUGAGGUUUGAGAAGUACGUCGUCCUAAAUUUAUAUAUUUUGUGUAUAAUAUUUUGGCUACGAAGGGCUAGUGGACUAUUGUUAAGGUGUGCAAUAUAUCGAAAAACAGUUCUUUAACAAUCAAGAAUCAUUUUAUAAUCGUAGAAAAUGAAUCCCGAGUAUGACUACUUAUUCAAACUUCUUCUUAUUGGCGACUCUGGUGUAGGAAAAUCAUGUUUAUUAUUGAGAUUUGCAGAUGAUACUUACACGGAAAGUUAUAUUAGUACCAUUGGAGUAGAUUUUAAAAUCAGAACAAUCGACUUAGAUGGAAAAACUAUUAAAUUGCAAAUUUGGGACACUGCAGGGCAAGAAAGAUUUAGAACCAUUACCUCGAGUUACUACAGGGGGGCGCACGGUAUCAUUGUAGUGUACGAUUGCACGGACCAAGAUUCAUUUAACAACGUUAAACAAUGGCUGGAAGAAAUCGACCGUUACGCAUGCGAUAACGUAAACAAAUUACUUGUAGGGAAUAAAAGUGAUCUUACGACUAAGAAAGUUGUCGAUUUCAACACGGCCAAGGAAUACGCUGAUCAGUUAGGUAUCCCAUUUUUGGAGACGUCGGCGAAGAACGCCACGAACGUAGAGCAGGCCUUUAUGACAAUGGCGGCCGAAAUAAAAAAUAGAGUAGGACCCCCAUCAUCUGCCGCAGACCAAGGAAAUAAAGUUAGGUUCGAUCAAAGUCGUCCAGUCGAAACUACCAAAUCUGGAUGUUGCUGAAAAUAUUUCUUUCUCCUUGGUUGAAAGGUGGUCACUCAUGUCAUCUCUUCUGUACAGUAGCACAGCUACCAUUCUUAUUAUAGUAAUAUCCGUCUGUAUGUAUAGUUAUUUCAAAAACUUUUUAUUUGAUUCUUUUUUUAAAUUUAUAGAUUUUUGUUUGUUUUUAAUUUAUCGAAAAUUUAAAUAUAGAAGACACCAAUAUCUCUUAGCCUAAUCUUAACUUUUUCAAUUUAGCUAAACAAUCCGCAACGACCUAUUUAUUAACAAUUUUCCCGGAGAAAAACAAAUGAAAAUAGAGAGAGAAAAAACUUUUUCUUUUUUUUUUAGAAUAACUUAGAAACGAGGAAUACACAUAACUUAUAAGUUAAGUCGCCUGAUUGUUAUAUACAUAUAUUAUUAUUUUUAUUUCGGUGUGUCUUUCCCGUUUUUAUAACACUAGGUGGUUUUUGUUGGUCCAAAUAUUUUAAAUAUAUCGCUAAUGUUUAUAUGGCAGCGCGCAGCCGAAAUUUCG